AUGAGAGUCCAGAAGCGACUAGACGACCCUGAGAUGACUGGACGGGAAGACCUUCUGGCCCAUUUCUGCCGAAUGAGGGACCUCGAAGGCAAGCCAGCUUCUUUCGUUGAAAUCUUGGUGGAGGCGAUGAAUUUAGUUGGGGCGGGAGCAGAUACAACCUCUAUUGGCAUGCGAACCUGCCUCUUUUACAUGGCAACAAAUCCAGAAGUGCAGGCUAAGCUGAGAGAGGAAAUCGACAACUUUUACAAUGUGAAUAAUUUGAAAGCACCUAUGUCUUACCUUGACACCCAAAAGCUGCCCUAUUUGCAAGCAGUCAUCAAGGAAGCCAUCCGACUACUACCGUCCAUCGUCUUUCAGCUCCCACGACACACACCGCCGGACUUCGAGGUCAGGGGUAUCAAGAUCCCGGCGAACACAACGAUUGGUAUUAGCCCUAUAGCUCAAAAUCGUGAUCAGGAAAUAUGGGGUCCAGAUGCAAACGAGUUCCGCCCGAGCCGUUGGCUUGAAAAUGAAGACAAGACGAGAUACUUUGAUCGUAGUACGAUGACGUUUGGCGGUAGCGGACCAAGAGUGUGUAUCGGAAGGAACAUUGCGCUAGUAGAGCUGCACAAGUUCGUGGCCCAGUUCGUGCACAACUUCGACUUUGAGCUUGUUAAUAAGGAUACACCGUGGAGAAUCAAGGCGUAUUGGUUCGCCUAUCAGAGUGAAGUUUUCAUGAACAUAUGCCGACGGAAAUGA